GUUGACACAAGUCUUUCUAUCGAUGGGAAAAGGAGACUCUAGGCCAUCCGAAAAAGCGGCGACCUAAUUUUUUUGCAUAGCGGGCAGAAAGUUUAAGAUAUUGUUAACUUUAUGUCUUUCUUCCAGCAUGUGGUGUAGUUUCUAUGGAUGAAGUAGAGAUGGAAAGUUCAGCUGAAGUACAUUUUGCCCAACAACUUGCUUCAAAUCAACCAAAAAUACGAGAAAAGGCUUUGAAAAAACUAGGCAAAUGGUUUGCGUUGAAAUCAGUAUCUGAGGAUGCAUUUUCAAGUGAUGGCAUGCUAAAGCUAUGGAAAGGACUUUUUUAUUACUUUUGGAAUUGUGACAAGCCAUUAUUUCAGGAGGAGCGAGCUGAUAUUAUUAGCAGAUACAUUCAUGUUUUCAAAAACUUGGAAUGUUCAUUUCUUUACAUAGAUACAUUUUUUCUAACUAUGGCUCGCGAAUGGGGUACCAUCGAUCGCUAUAGAUUGGAAAAAUUUAUGAUGCUGGUCCGUAAAUUUCUGCAUCAGUGUUAUCAACUUUUACAGUACCUAAAGUGGGAUCCAGAGCACAUAAGAGGAUUUUGUAAAGUAAUGAAAAAAACAGUUAUUAACCCUUCUCAUGAGGGUGCUCCACUUGGAUUAAAAAUGCACAUCUGUGAUAUAUAUAUGGAAGAGCUAACCCUAGUGGGACAUGAAGAGCUAACUCCGGACCUUGUAAAAAUGUUUCUAAUUCCUUACUGUCGUAUGCUAUGGAAAUGUGAUGAGUAAGUACUUCUUUAUAUUUAAAAAGAAUUU